AUGCAAAAAAAAAAUAAUUAAUUAAUACUGUCACCCAGUGGUUUGGGAAGUAACAUAAAGCCUGGAUUGUUUUCAAAGCAUUGUGAACUAAAUAAAUUGAAUAAAUAAAAAAGUUUUAAGAUUGAGGAGACUCUUACACCAAAACUCUUUGAAACAAGAGAAUCAAGCUUUGCUCCUUAACCAAAAUUAUAAAAAAGUUAAAGGUAUUCAUUAAUAUAUUAUAAUUAUAGUGCUUCUCGUUUGCUUUUGCCUAAAGAAUAAAAACAAGAAAGAGUAGAAAGAUAAGAAAUACAAAAAAUACCAUCUAUUAAAUAGGAUUAGAUUACUGAGCUAUCAUAAAAAUUAUAUCGAGAGCUUAUAGAAUUUAAUGAAUAGGCAGAUUUUGGAGGAUAAAAUGAAAUUUAGUAGUGGAGUGAAGAAAUGAUCAAAAAAUUGUAAAUCAUUAAAAAUAGUUUGGAAUGUAUAAUAUUAAUAAUAUAUAAGAAUCUGAUAUUUUUGAUAAUCAAGAUAAUGUGACUGAAAUUUAACAGUAUUUAUUAUAAUAUUUUAAGAAAUGAUAUUAUUUAGAAUUUAUAAAAGGAAUUAAAUGAUGAGAGGAAAGAAAGAUAUAAAAUUGAAGAAGAAGCAACCAAUUUAAUAACUGAAUAAGAAUUAGAAAUUGAUAAAUUAGAGAAGCAAUUAAAAAUGCUAGAGGAAAAGCAUGCUUCUUGAU